GGGCCUUCGAGUGCCUUCUUCACAAAGAAGCAAGAAAACGGUGUGGGAGCCCACAAAGCGGGAAAGCACCAGCAAACAAGACUUGUCUUAACGCAGAUCACGCCACGUGUAAGGACCCAGCCUCCAACGUGUCUCUCACAUUCUAGCUUCAUCUCGCUCCCUUGCUAACUCAACCAACCAUCUCCCACUCGCUUGUGGAAAAAGAAAGGGAUCACCGCAAACCGCCACGUGUCUAUUCAUCUCUGCGUCUUUCUCUAUAUAACCUCGCACUCGUUCCUCGAUUCAAGGUCACAUUUCACAAACAAACACAGAGCUUAAAGCAAAGACAGAGAGAGAAAGAGAGCGAAGAUGUUCAUCGAAAGCUUCAAGGUAGAGAGCCCAAACGUGAAGUACACAGAGAAUGAGAUCCAUUCUGUGUACGACUACGAAACCACAGAGGUCGUCCAUGAGAACCAUAACGGUACUUACCAAUGGGUCGUCAAGCCCAAAACCGUCAAAUACGAAUUCAAAACAGACACACGUGUCCCCAAGUUAGGGGUUAUGCUUGUUGGCUGGGGAGGAAACAACGGAUCGACCUUAACCGCUGGUGUGAUUGCCAACAAAGAAGGGAUCUCGUGGGCGACUAAAGACAAAGUACAACAAGCCAACUACUUUGGCUCGCUCACUCAAGCUUCUUCGAUCCGGGUCGGAUCUUACAAUGGCGAAGAGAUCUACGCUCCUUUCAAGAGUCUUCUCCCCAUGGUGAACCCAGACGAUGUUGUGUUCGGUGGUUGGGACAUAAGCGACAUGAACUUAGCAGACGCCAUGGCUAGAGCCAGAGUCCUUGACAUUGAUCUCCAGAAACAGCUAAGACCUUACAUGGAGCACAUGGUCCCGCUCCCUGGUAUCUACGAUCCUGAUUUCAUCGCUGCCAACCAAGGGUCACGUGCCAAUAGCGUGAUCAAAGGUACUAAGAAAGAACAAGUCGACCAGAUCAUCAAGGACAUGAGGGAGUUUAAGGAGAAGAACAAAGUGGAUAAGCUGGUUGUGUUGUGGACAGCCAACACAGAGCGUUACAGCGAUGUGGUUGUAGGGCUUAACGAUACGAUGGAGAAUCUCUUGGCCUCUGUUGAGAAGAACGAGUCUGAGAUCUCUCCUUCUACUCUUUAUGCGAUCGCUUGUGUUCUUGAAGGGAUUCCUUUUAUUAACGGGAGUCCUCAGAACACGUUUGUUCCUGGACUCAUCGAGCUGGCUAUAUCGAAGAACUGUUUGAUCGGUGGGGAUGAUUUCAAGAGUGGUCAGACUAAGACGAAGUCUGUUUUGGUCGAUUUCCUUGUCGGAGCCGGCAUCAAGCCUACUUCGAUUGUGAGCUAUAAUCAUUUGGGAAACAAUGACGGCAUGAACCUAUCAGCGCCGCAGACUUUCAGAUCAAAGGAGAUCUCGAAGAGCAAUGUGGUGGACGACAUGGUGGCUAGUAACGGCAUCCUGUUUGAGCCUGGUGAACAUCCUGACCAUGUUGUUGUCAUCAAGUAUGUACCUUAUGUUGGGGAUAGUAAGAGGGCUAUGGACGAGUACACCUCCGAGAUAUUCAUGGGAGGGAAGAACACAAUUGUUAUGCAUAACACCUGUGAGGAUUCUCUUUUGGCGGCUCCAAUCAUCUUGGAUCUUGUUCUUCUCGCUGAACUCAGCACCAGAAUCCAAUUCAAAGCUGAAGGAGAGGGGAAGUUCCACUCUUUCCACCCAGUAGCUACCAUACUCAGUUACCUCACAAAAGCACCUCUUGUACCACCCGGGACGCCAGUGGUGAACGCUCUAUCUAAGCAGAGGGCUAUGUUGGAGAACAUCCUCAGGGCCUGCGUUGGGCUUGCACCAGAGAACAACAUGAUCUUGGAGUACAAGUGACAAGGAAGAAAUAAAAGCAGAGGGACCUGAGACGCUUGUUAUAUUUUUAAUGCUUCAUUGUUUCUGUUUUAUAUGUAAUAAUUGCGUGAGAGAGAAACAUAUCAAGAAGUUUAAGGUUAAUCUGAGUGAUAGUGAUCCUUGGCAGUUUACUAUGUGAGAAGAUUAGCUAAGCUUCUGGAUCAAAUGUGUAAUAGAUGUCAGAUUUCAAAGUAGUUAUGUCUGUCCCUCCUUGUCUUAUGAUCUAUUAAAAUGGGUUUCUGUA